AGGUUCUCUGCCCACCGUGAUUGGUCAUACUUAAUGGCUUUUCCCCUUAUCAUUUGCCCCUGUAAUUUACUUUGAAUAUUGUAUGUAUUAAGAAUAGGCGAUGAUAAGUUUGAAGUAGCUACACCAAGGGAAAGACAGGUGUUUACUGGUCCUUCGUUUCAUGGUCCGAUCAACUGCCUUUCAUUAUUUCGCUGGAAUGUCUUCAUACCGCAAAGGUCUUAGGAAUCAUUGCAGUUGGACCAACACUUUUACAAUGUAGACCUUUGUUUUCGCUACGCGGCAGGGAAUAAACACACGAAGAAUGUUUUGCGCGAAACUGAAGGAUCUAAAAAUUUCGGGAGAGUGUCCCUUUUCUAUGGUCGUCAAAAAUAAGGAACCGGGGGAUUUUAAAGAAACCGACGACCACCGUGCAAGGGAUGCAUUACCAAUUUCCGAAGAGGUCCAUGGAAAUAUCGCCAGCGUUGUGCCUAAAAGAAAAACGAGCAAAGGCAAAGUUAAUCUACAUUCGUUAGGGGAAAGCAUUCGAAAACUGGUUUGUCCAGAGUUUGAGAAUCUUCGAAAUGCGAUGAUCAGAGUCAUGAAACAGCAAUCAGACCUCACCUGCCCUGCGGAAUGCAACGCAGAUGUUUGUCAGCUAUUGGAAAAACCUGAGCAUUUAGUAGACGUCAUGAAGAGUUACUCACUGCAAACAGGCAUUCACAUGGACAUGCUGAAGAUCUCCUUGGGCUUGGAAGUAUUCAGGGACUGUUACGAGGAGUACAGUCACAUUCUGGGCGUGGUAGGUGGAGCCCUCCAUGACUUCCUCAACAGCUUCAACGUUCUCUUAAAGCAGAGCACGCCUCCCAACCCUGAGGCUCGGCGCUACGUGGACCAGGCCUCCGUACUGUGCCUGGACAAAGACCCGGGACUCCUGACCGUCUACUACUUCAACCCCCAUCCCACCACUGAGCUCUUCUUCCCUGGGAUCAUCCAGGCGGCAGCUGCAGUCCUCUACCGCACGCAGGUGGAGGUAGGGAUGGAUGUCAGUGGCAAGGACGCAGGCGCGCUGCAGGCCAGUCGACGGCCGCACCUCCUCUACUCGGUGGCGGUGCGUGACGCACGGAACCUGACGCCAAGUCCCAUGAGGACGCCCUCGUCCGGGGCCAUCUCCCUUGCACUGCUGUACACGACCUUCCCGUUCCACAUCCUGCUGGACCAGGACAUGGGGCUCCUGCAGAUGGGUGACGGGCUGAGGAGACGGCUGGGCCGAGGCAGGGACAACCAGAGGAGACCCGUGUUCCAGGAGCACUUUGCUGUCGUCUCACCCGAAAUAAAUGCUGACUUCCAGGGCAUCCUGACCAUGCUCAACACCCAGUUUGUGCUCCGGGUGAAGCAGCAAGGGUCAGGCACAGCAACCCACUCAGGCAAGCCCAUGGACCUGAAGGGCCAGAUGGUCUUCAUGUCCGAGAUGAAUGCAGUCCUCUUCCUCGGCUCGCCAUGCGUGGACCGUCUGGAGGAGCUGACAGGUCGUGGUCUCUACCUGUCCGACAUCCCUAUCCACAAUGCUCUGCGCGACGUGGUGCUGGUGGGUGAACAGGCCCGGGCCCAGGACGGCCUGAAGAGGCGGCUGGGCAAAGCCAAGGCCGCCCUGGAGCAGGCCCACCAGGCGCUGGAGGAGGAGAAGCGACGUACCGUUGAGCUGCUCUACACCAUCUUCCCAGGCAAUGUGGCGCAGCGUCUGUGGCAGGGCCUGCCUGUGCAGGCCAAGAAGUUCGACCGGGUGACAGUGCUGUUCUCGGACAUCGUGGGAUUCACAGCCAUCUGCUCGCGCUGCACGCCCAUGCAGGUGGUGAGCAUGCUCAGUGAGCUGUACACUCGCUUCGACCACCACUGCGGCGAGCUGGACAUCUACAAGGUGGAGACUAUUGGAGAUGCAUACUGUGUUGCUGGGGGUUUGCAUAAGGAGAGCCCAAACCACGCUGCACAAAUCGCUCUCAUGGCCAUAAAGAUGAUGGAACUGUCUGAUGAGGUCACAACCCCAAUGGGGGAGGUCAUUAGGAUGCGAAUUGGUAUUCAUUCCGGUUCGGUUCUGGCGGGCGUGGUUGGCGUAAAGAUGCCCCGGUACUGCCUUUUCGGCAAUAAUGUCACUUUAGCCAACAAGUUUGAGUCCUGCAGUCUACCGGGAAAGAUCAACAUCAGUCCCACCACCUACAGACUGCUAAAAGAUCGCCCCGAGUUUGCAUUCACCCCGCGGUCCAGAGAAGAUCUACCGCCCAAUUUCCCUUCCGACAUCCCUGGCAUUUGUUACUUCAUCGAGGCGUCCGAUCGAAGGACCAACGAUGCUGGCGGAGGCUCUGCGACAGAAGGCGCGGUGCACACAUAAAUCACUGACGAACACUUAGCGCCCAAUUUCAGAGCUUGGUGUGAGGUGCCAUAUAUAUCUUUUGAGCUUGGCCAAAGGUAGCAAGUUAUUCAGCAAUAGAAAGUUGCCCAAAAGAUUGUUUAAAGGGUUCAAUUGAGCACUGUUUGUUUUGCUUCAUAGAAACUGACUUGGGUCACAUUUGUGUACAGGUGUAGGCAGAGUUUGAAUCACUGACUGUGUCAUUACAUAUGGCCUUUUUCAGAUGGAUUUGACCACAAAUCAUCCAAACACUACUUGGAAAAUGCCUAAAUUAAGUUCAAACACUGAAAUAACCUCUGUUAUUGCUUGUAUGGGUAUAUCGUAGAUAUGGACAUACACAAUGAAUUGACCUGUUUCUAAUUUAUUCUUGCAGAGCAGAGGCCAUAAGAGUUCAUUGUUUAUAAUUUUACUCUGUGAGAGAGACAAGAAUGGGGUGAUUUUUAAAGCAUCACUCAAUGAUGAUCAUUUGAUACAGCAGAUUGGACCCUCAUCUCUGGACCACAUUUAAUGUAGUAUUGCUCACAGUUGACACAAAUUCACAGACUCACAGUAGGCCUAACUAUUGCACCAUAGCUUGACCACAAUGAAUGUUUAACCAUCUUAAAAAUUAACACUUAUAAUGUUUCAUUGUGACAUUUUGUAUUGUAAUAGAGCUAUAAUAAACAUGACUACUCAAGA